AUGCAAAAAAUGAUUUUGUUCUUGUGCUUGGCCUUGGCGUCUUGUGUGUCGGCUAAGCCCGCCCUGCUGCCUGCCCUUCCACCGGCCGCACCUUUCGCCGCUUUUCCAGGAGCGGGUGCUCCUUUCGCCGCCUACACUGCGCCCGGCCCCUUCGCUCCCGCACCUCUGGCUAUAUCGAGCAGCCAACGUCUGGAUUAUUUCAACCAGUUCAAUGCCGCCUUCGCUCCUCCUCCUGCUCGUUUGGUGGCCACACCUGCUGGCUUGGCAGCGGUGCCGACAUUUCCUGCUCCUGCUAGACUCAUACAGCCAGCGCGCCUAAUCGCUCCUGCCCCCUUCUUCUUCUAA